AAAACAGCCGCAAGAAGGGAGAUAGCCGCUGCCAUUUUCUUCAAAACGCAGACCUGGUUUUUUGGUCGAUCGGAGGUCCAAAUCUUGUCCGAUCGAGCUGAAAUUUUUGGAGGAGUCUAAGGACUCGUGGAGCUUCAAUCUGAACGGUGGAGAUCGAAUUUCAACGAAGCCAGAGUCAAAAAGUGAUGAAGAGUGGGCUUUUGAACAUGAAAUGGUUUGUGGUUUCAUUCGUCAGUGGGUAGAUGAUAAUGUUCUGAAUCACAUCUACAAUGAAUCUCAUGCUAGAUCUUUGUGGGACAAGCUUGAAUCCUUGUAUGCAUCAAAAACAGGGAAUAACAAGCUGUAUUUGCUCAGGCAAGCUAUGAAUCUGAGAUUCAAUGAAGGUUCUUCUAUUUCUGACCACUUGAAUGAAUUUCAAGGGUGUUUUGAUCAGUUGUCAGACAUGGGCGUAAAGUUCGAGGAUGAGAUUUUGGGACUUUGGUUGCUGAAUACUUUGCCUGAUUCUUGGGAAAAUCUUCGCGUGUCUUUGAUUAGUUCUGCUCCCGGUGGUACAGUAACUAUGGAGUAUGUCAAAGCUGCCGUUCUGAAUGAAGAAGUGAGACACAGAACUCAUGAGACAUCUACUUCAAAAUCUGAUGUCUUGGUUAUUGAAAAUAGGGGGAGAAGCAAAGACAGAGAUCAUGGAGAAUUCAAAAGGGGCAAGAGCAGGAGCAAGUCCAGGUCAAAAUACAAAAAUGUUGAGUGCCAUUAUUGUCAUAAAAAGGGGCACUUAAUGAAAAACUGCUUCAAGCUGAAGAACAAAGACAAGAAUAAGCCAGAAGGGAAAGAUGGUGAAAAUGAUCGUCAUGUUGCUACCACGACUUCGGGUGAUCUGAUAGUUGUUUCUGAUAACGACUUGAUUAAUGUUGCCUUUGAUGAAUCAAGUUGGGUUAUCGAUAGUGGUGCCGCUUUCCAUGUGACGUCAAGGAAAGAUUUCUUCACAUCUUAUACUCCAGGUGAUUAUGGGGUAUUGAAGAUGGGUAAUGAUGGUCGUUCACAGGUUGUUGGCAUUGGUGUUGUUGUCCUGGAAACCAGAACUGGGAUGAAGUUAGUGUUGAAGAAUGUCCGACAUGCACCAGAUAUUCGCUUGAAUUUGAUAUCUACUAGUGUCUUGGAUGAUGAAGGUUAUAUGAGUACCUUUGGUGAUGGNGGUGAUCUGAUAGUUGUUUCUGAUAACGACUUGAUUAAUGUUGCCUCUGAUGAAUCAAGUUGGGUUAUCGAUAGUGGUGCCGCUUUCCAUGUGACGUCAAGGAAAGAUUUCUUCACAUCUUAUACUCCAGGUGAUUAUGGGGUAUUGAAGAUGGGUAAUGAUGGUCGUUCACAGGUUGUUGGCAUUGGUGUUGUUGUCCUGGAAACCAGAACUGGGAUGAAGUUAGUGUUGAAGAAUGUCCGACAUGCACCAGAUAUUCGCUUGAAUUUGAUAUCUACUAGUGUCUUGGAUGAUGAAGGUUAUAUGAGUACCUUUGGUGAUGGACAAUGCAAACUCACUAAGGGUUCUCUUAUUGUGGCUCGUGGGAAGAAGUGUUCAGGUUUAUACUGGACCAAUGCUUCAGUCUCUAUUGAUUCUGUCAAUGCAGUCGAGAGUGAUAGUUCUUCAGAAUUAUGGCAUAGAAGACUCAGUCACAUUAGCGAGAAGGGUCUUGAUUGUUUAGCCAAGAAGAAUGUUCUUUCAGGGGUGAAAGAUGCAAAUUUAAAAAGAUCGAGUAUGGUCCGGGAAAGAUGUUUCUUAUGACCAUUUGCGUGUUUUUGGGUGUAAAGCUUUUGUACAUGUGCCAAAGGACGAGAGAUCCAAAUUAGAUGUCAAGACGAGGCAGUGCAUCUUUGUUGGCUAUGGUCAUGAUGAAUUUGGCUAUCGACUUUAUGAUCCUGUUGAGAAGAAGCUUGUCAGAAGCCGUGAUGUUAUCUUUAUGGAGGAUCAGAAUAUUGAAGAUAUUCAGAAGAUGGAGAAGUCAGAGUCUCAAAGUUAUGAUGAUCUUGUUGAUUUGAAUCCAACUCCCGUGGCUCAUACGCCUAAUGCUACCAAUGGAG